UUUUUUUUUUUUCAUUUUUUUUUUUCUUUUUUCUUUAAUUUUCUUUAAUUUUCUUGGCAAACAAAAUAAUGAAUAAUAAUAAACCACAAAACAAGUUAAAUACAGCCGACAUUGACGAGGGAGAACCACCACCAUCUUAUCAAGAAAUUACUCCUACUAAUCAUCAUUAUCAAUCAUCAUCGUCUAAUUACUAUCAAUAUAAUAAUCAAACAAGUCAAUCAAUAUAUCCUCAAGUACCUUCUCCAUUACCUCAACAGCAAAUCAGAUAUCAAACCAUCGAGAUACCCUAUACAAUUAGAGUUAAUGAACAAAUAAGACAACGACAUAGAAUUUAUGAAAGUCGACGUUUUCCUUUAGCAGCCAUUUUCUUUUUAUUUGGAUGGUUUUGUCCUCCAUUAUGGUUCAUCGGGGCUUGUUGUUGUGCAGGAAGUGGAAAUGAAUAUGAAUCCUUCUGGGGCAAAGUUAAUUUUAUCAUGGCCAUGACUUUAAUUAUUUCUUCCGUUAUUUAUUCUAUGAUUGUAUUUCCUCAAUAUAUAUUUUAAACUUAAUAAACUAACUAGCUAGCUACAUAGCAUUAAUUUGUAUAAAAAAGAAAAAAAAAAGAUAUAUCUCACUAAAUUGGUCGGAAAGAUGUGAUAAACAAUUUGAUGUGUCUAUUUAACAAAGAUGGGAGCAAGCCAUGAGCGGCAGGAAGAUGAAGAGAUUCGGAAUAUUCCCUUAUAAAUUGUCUGAACAACGUCUAAUGGGGUUAAUGCUGCUGUUUGACG